CAUUUUUGCCAGUCUAGUUCAAGGUGGAUACGCACGCUAUAUAAGCCUAUGUUUUAGCCCAGAUCGACCUUGAAACAGACACGGACAAGUCUCUUGUUUAAAAUACCCUGGGAUUCAUUUCCAUGAAGAAAAUGCCGGAAUACAUGGCCAAACUUCCCGAUGACUUUGCAGCAAAAAGUAUCACAUUACCGUCUCCCCAACAGAAGGUUUUCAAUGGUCGAGAAUUUCCGCUAAUUCUAACUCCCAAAGAAACGUCUUCCCAGUCAGCAGAAGACACUCUCAUGUGGAUAAAGGAAAACAAAAGACAUAUAGAAUGUUUACUUUUGGACUAUGGCGCCAUCUUGUUCCGAGAAUUUCCGAUUGAUUCUCCUGAAAAAUUCGACUCGUUUGUGAAGAGUUUCGAAUAUGAGCCUUUGCCGUAUGUAGGUGGUGCGGCACCAAGACGGGUAAUCACUGGAAAUGUUUUUACAGCAAACGAAGCGCCGCCAGACCAACUCAUACCAUUUCAUCACGAAAUGGCACAAGUCCCGACAUUUCCAUCCACGUUGUUCUUCUACUGCGAUGUUCCACCGCCAGAGGGCGGCCAAACACCGCUCGUUUUGUCGAACGAGGUAUAUAAAGCCAUGUCUGAAAGAGAUAAGUUGUUUGUGGAAGAACUAGAAGAAACUGGCGUGGUUUAUAAUCGAGUUUUGCCAGACGGUGACGACCCGACAUCUCCUAUUGGUCGGGGUUGGCAGUCAACUUAUCAGACGACUGACAAGAAAGAGGUUGAGAGAAAAUGUACAGAACAAGGAACAUCUUUCGAAUGGCUUCCGGAUAACUGUUUGCGCACGCGCACUGCAACACUUCCUGCGGUCCGCACAGACAACCGCACAGGACAGAAAACUUGGUUUAACUCCAUAAUUGCUGCGUAUCUCGGCUGGGGAGAUGUGAGAAAUGACAGAAAGAAAGCGGUUACGUACCCAGAUGGAAAGUUGAUGCCUGAACGCUCCAUGGAAAAUCUUGAAGAUGUGUUCGAGUCUCUUGCUAUAGGAUUCACUUGGCAAAAAGGUGAUGUCGUGAUGGUAGAUAAUAGACUCGUCCUUCACAGCAGGCGUUCGUUUACACCGCCACGAAGAAUUCUGGCAUGCCUCUGCAAAUGAAUACAAUUCUAAUACAAUUUAAAAAAAAAUUCAACUCACACUUUCACAUGUUUAAAUGAUAUAAUAUUAUGUUAUUUAUAUUCUCAAUCUGUAUUUUAUUUUAUAAGUUAACGUCAUUUAUAUUUGUAAAAAUCAAAAUAAAAGUUAAAUAUUUGAAAACACUUUUUUAUUGAUUUAGAAGAAACUUUUGAGAUGAGCAUACUUCAUAAAUGUAAGCUAAAUAUCGUCAACGGAAGGAGUGUUUAGCAGAAACAGUUAUAUCCGGGUCUGAUAAAUAGUGUUCGGGUUUGUUCACGGAACACAUACAAUGGUACAACGAUGGUUUAGCAUGCCCCUGA